GUUCAGAAGAUGACCACAGAUGCUCAGCGUAUGCUCAUAUGACUCCAGAAGCUUUGACAUCUCCUAAGAGCAGAGUUUCAGGGAACAUAUUUCGAGCCGGACAGAAGCAGGAACCUAAACUAAAGUUGCGCACAGUUUUUUUAUUUCCAUUUUGAUCACUGUUGGACUGACGCAACAUAAUCGUGCUGUAUUGGAGAAGCCUAUCGAGACCUGGAGGUGUUCGCUUAAGCCUUUUCUUCCUAAAGGCCCUGGAGAAGGACUUCACUUUUUUUUCUCACCCCACGGGAGCUAUGAGCGGACUGCGCAAGCACUUCAACAUGGGACUGGUGCUACUGAUGUUCACGCUGACUGGCCACUGCAGCGAAAGCGCGCCUUCGGUGAGCCCAGCGGCAACGGCGGCCGCUGCAGGCGGCAGGGACGCACGGCAGGACUUGAGGCGGAUUGUUGAGAUCGUGAAACACGUGGACGAGAACCGAGGUCGCCACAGCGCGAGAACGGAAGCCCCUUUAACAUCAUGGGCGACGAGAUCUCCGAUGGAGCCAAAGGAUUUACGCAACUUGAAAACAAACAGAGGGGAAAAGGUUGUCGUUAUCUCCCCCAGGGAUCUCAGAAAGAAGGAGAAAUUCCUGAAACAUUUAACAGGUCCACUCUACUUCGGUCCGAAGUGCAGGAAGCAUGUGUACAGACUCUACCACUACACCAGAGACUGCACAAUACCUGCAUACUUCAAAAGAUGUGCGCGGCUUCUCACACGGCUAGCCGGCAGCCCGCAGUGCACAGAGGGGUAGCACACACACGCACACCAGGUUGAAAGCACAAACACAAGUUCUCCAGAAGAAAAAACUUGCCUUGGAGUGCCUUGGACAGUAAGAGGGAAGAAUAAAUUACUCUGACGAGCCCCAGCUGAUUAUUAGGCACAGUACUGCCCUUCAGUGAGGUCUGUUCUGCUAAGAUGUGGAUUACUGUAACCCACCUCUCUUGCUGGGCCUUGACUGUUGGCUGUCACCACAAGGGUGCUACAAAACCAGACCAAGAUAAGGAUGAAGAGGACACUGAAGAGUGAAGAAGAAAAAAGAAUCAAGUGACUGAGAGAAACCAAAACACAGGACCUUUUUUCCUGUUGCCAUCCAAAAACAUGUUGCUAAGAAAAAGGGAUUGCAUAUUUUUAUUUUGUUCGUUUCUUUGAGAAAAGAGCAAAAUCCAAAUGUACUGUUUUUAGUAUGAUUGGCGUUCUGCGACUGGUUUGGUGCAUUUUGGGCCCAUUCUUUCUACUGCACUAUCCGUUAUGCAGACUAAAAAACACAGCAUAGUUUUACCCACUUGUGCUCACACUGAGAAAGAACUGUGAUUAAAUUAUUAACUGCAUGAACAUUUCUCUACGUCUUUGCAAGACAUGUUAAAAAAAAAAAAGUGGCGGUUGUAAGUCACAAACCUCCUGUGGAUCCUGGUAGAGUGUGGUACAGCCUAUAUUUAUAUAUCUGUUGUCAUAAGGUCAUGACCAUGUAAAAUGGACAUGACCAAGUAAAACAAGAGAAAUAUGUACAUACUUUAAUGCAAAGCAUAAGAGGAAUCCAGUUACCUACCAUAAGUUUAAGUGAGUGGCAUUUAUAAAAUGGCUCUUAAACACACACACCCACAUAUAUAUAUAUGUAUAUAUAUAAAAAUAUAUACAUAUAUAUAUAUAUAAAUAAAUUAUAAUAUUGGUACAAAUACAAAUGG